AUGCGGCAGUGCCUGCUCACAGGCCAUAGUGACUCUGUGUCCCAGAAUUCCAUGAUGGAAAUGUGUGGGAGGAGCCUGGAGAUCAUUGGAGGACAAUGUGGAGAUGAAGAUCCAAAAACAUCAACGGGAUACAAUUUCCUGGUGCCAUGGAUCGGGAAGGGAUUGCUGGUUCUGUCGGGGAACUCCUGGUUUCAGCAUCGCCGGCUCAUUACUCCUGGCUUCCAUUAUGAUGUUCUGAAACCGUACGUCAAACUCAUCUCUGAAUCCACCAAUGUCAUGCUGGACAAAUGGGAUCCAUUGUGCAAUAAGGAGGAAUCGUGGAGCUUUUCCAGUAUGUCAGCCUGAUGACCCUGGACAGCAUCAUGAAAUGUGCCUUCAGCUACAACAGCAACUGCCAGACUGACAAUGUUAAUUCUUACAUUGGCGCUGUGUAUGACCUCGCCAGUCUGACGCAACAGCGAAUCCGGACGUUCCCCUAUCACAGUGACUUCAUUUACUACCUCAGCCCUCACGGAUUACGUUUUCGCCGAGCCUGCAGGAUUGCUCAUCUUCAUACCGACAAAGUUAUUGAACAAAGAAAAAAACUGCUGGAAAAAAAUGAGGAGCUCGAGAAAAUCCGCAGAAGAGACACCCCGAUUUUCUGGACAUUCUUUUGUGUUCGAAGGAUGAGAACGGUCAGGGCCUGUCUGACGAGGACCUCCGAGCUGAAGUUGACACUUUCAUGUUUGAAGGACACGACACAACAGCCAGUGGCAUCUCCUGGAUCUUGUACUGUAUGGCCCAAAAUCCAGAACACCAGGAGAAGUGUCGGGAGGAGAUCCGGGAGGUCCUGGGGGACAGGAAGACUAUGAACUGGGAAGACCUAAGCAAACUUCCCUACACCACAAUGUGCAUUAAGGAAAGCCUUCGUCUUUAUCCUCCGGUGCCCUCCGUCUCCAGGGAACUCUCCAAACCCAUCACAUUCUUUGAUGGGCGCUCCUUACCAGCAGGUUCUCUCGUCAGUUUAAAUAUUUAUUGCAUUCAACGGAACCCAGCCGUGUGGGAGGAGCCAGAGGUAUUUGAUCCUCUUCGAUUUUCCCCAGAAAAUUCUGCCAAGCGCCACUCUCACGCCUUUGUUCCCUUUGCGGCAGGACCCAGGAACUGCAUUGGACAGAACUUCGCCAUGAAUGAGAUGAAAGUAGCUGUGGCGCUGACCUUGAACCGGUUUGAACUAUCACCUGACCUCUCCCAACCACCCCUGAAACUGCCGCAGCUGGUCCUGCGCUCGAAGAACGGCGUUCAUGUUUUCCUGCAGAGAGCCGGGUAA